UGUCAUUACAAAGGAAUGGCAUUUAACCAGCGAAUUCACGUCAGCCUCCUUUAGCCAUGUAAUUCUACCGAAACUAAGUGGCAUCUUGCAGGUUAUUACCUUGGAAUGUGCUUUGCUGCACCUGAAAAACAUCUUUGUUUUUUCUACCUGGCUUCAAAAGGAUGGAAAACUUUCUUUUUCUUCGCUGUUCUCUUUCCAGCAGUAACCAGUGCCCUGGCAUAUUACUGGUCACGGAAAGGUUGGAAUAAUCAUCCGUUAGCCCGAACGCUCGCUGUUCAUGCUCUCCCGCAGUCAGGUUGGAGGGCAGUAGCUUCUUCCAUCAAUACAGAAUUUAGGAGAAUCGACAAGUUUGCUACCGGAGCCCCAGGAGCGAGGGUGAUUGUUACGGACACAUGGGUGAUUAAAGUGACCACCUACUGUUUACAUGUUGCCCAGCAGCAGGACAUUCAUUUGACAGUGACAGACUCCAGACAGCAUGAACUCACCCCGGACUCAAACGUGCCUGUGCAGUUCCUCACCAUCCGUGUUGCCAGUAUUAAUCCCUAUGUGAAGGCAUUUGAUAUCCGGUUGAACUCCACGGAGUAUGGAGAGCUCCGAGAAAAGCUCCGUGCUCCCAUCAGCAAUGCAGCUAAUGUUGUGAUCCAUCAAAGCCUUAGUGAUUUAUUUCUAGAAACCUUUACAUCUCUGGUGGAAAUUAAUCAGACGUAUUCUGUUCCAAGCACUCAGGAGCUGGAGCCAUGCAUAGGGUGUAUGCAGACCAUUGCUAACAUCAAGCUCAUCAAGAACUGCCAGGAGCCAAACGAAGGGGAAUGCCAGCAGUGCUACUGUCGUCCCAUGUGGUGCCUCACCUGCAUGGGCAAAUGGUUUGCCAGCCGACAGGAUCAGCAGCACCCUGAGACCUGGCUGUCAAGCCAAGUGCCUUGUCCCACUUGCCGAGCCAAAUUUUGCAUUUUAGAUGUUUGCAUAAUACGAUGAGUAAUACUUGGGUAUGUUUUAACUUUUUUGAGUGCAUUUCAUAGCUGGUUUGGUUAAAAGGCCUGUUGGAUUUGUUUCUGAGACUUCAUGUUAUACAUGGGUGCAAACUCCAAAGCCUUCUUUUACAGUGUUGAAAACAGAUGUAAAUCUUUUCAGUUUCUCUCCAAUUCUACCUGUACCUUCAGUUUUUAUUCACCGGAUGUCAGUUUCCGUUUUUUGGGUUUUUUUUUAACUUGUAUUUUGCUUUCUUAUGUGUUGGAUGGAAUAAGGGUUACCCUUUAUAUUUGUGGCACUGUUUUCAAGUUUUAACAUAGGUUACGUUUUUUGAAUUUAACUUGGGUUUUGUUUCUUUAGUAAAAGGUUAAUGGAGAAAAUUACUUUGGUUAGACUUCACUGAUACUUUUAUUCUUCUCUAAUCCAUUUGUAAAGUUCUUACCAAUCUUUGCACAUGUUCACCAUACAGUUAUACCAGAUUUGUUCCUUCUGCGGGUCCCCUUUCUGUACUCUAAGGAAUUUAAUCCCUGAAGAUGUACAGCUCCUGUAGGGACCUUUUAUUCCACUAAUCUGCCUCUAGUUUAUUUUUGAUGGAUGUAUGUAUUUCAAACAACAGAAGGAUUCAGAAACAUACCCAUUUACCUACACUGCUCAUACUAUGCUUUGUUAAAUCUGUUGGUUUCCAGGAGCUACAUUGCUUAGGGUUUCAAUGCUCUUUAAAAAGGUAAUGGACCUUUUUUAUACAUUUGAAGGGAGUGCAGCAAACAUCUAUCUAAAUAGUCCGAAAGAAUACUCAGCUAUUUCAGAGCAUGUAAGCUUUUUCUGAGGGGUAACCUUUCCCCUGAGACAGAUGCCAGGAUCACAGCGGUUUAAGUUUCCAUGCUAGAUCCCAAAAGAAUGACCAUCAUUAACAAAAGGUUUUCGGGCUUGCAAUUUAAGACUGAUCAUAAGCAGUAGUCAGUGUUUUGAUAUUCAUAGGAUGCAGGCUUCUUGAUCUGAUCUGCAUCAGAAUAAUUUGUAAAUUAAAAUCAAAGCAUUUUCCAUACAUUUAAGAGAGUGCUACUUGACCUAAAUGCAGUGUGUAGUGUUGUAGCUGUCCAUCACACCCUUCAAUGAACAAUUAUUUGGCAUACUGCUUGGUGGAGAGCCUCAAGCUGCUGGAGAAUGCAUGAGUUCUUACACUGACCUGUGCACUGCAGGGGCUGAGAUGCAGGUAUUUGCUUGCUCGGGUUGUUUAUCUUGGAGGGGUGGUAUCCUCAGGCAGACAGGUGGGUCAAUAGUUAGGAAAAGGAAUAUUUUAAUGCUUUGGUGUAGGAGAAUAAAAGUCCUAAUGCCUCCCACCUGUGUAAUCAGAAGGUUCUUAUCAGUAAAUGACUUGCAUAGAUGACAUGCCAGUGAUUACAGGAAAACAUCUUUAUUACCAUGACCAGCAACUGCUUUGAGCAGGAAUAGGUGGCAGGAUGUUAAAAACGGUACAAGUACUGAAAGCACAACCACAAAAGGUUUCAUUAGUUGCAGCCUAGCUGCAGGUUUUGUGGUGAAUGCACCAAACUGCACUGGGAGCCAGCCACCCAAGAAAUGGUUAGAAAAUUGACUGCAAACUGUAUUUUGGAGAAGGAUAAGGAAUUGAGAGCAGAUUUGACAGCAUUAUUUGAGAACUAACAUAUAUGUUAUAUUGGGGGGGGGGUUGUUUCGGGGUUUUUUAAUAAUAUACAUUUAUAAAUGUCCCAGCUGUUUGGGUUUAAGGACACUGAUGCUUGAGUAUAUCUCAGUUGUUACAUACACAACAUCUACUAUGCAAUUAUCUAUACUACCUAUUAAUAAUGGUGAUUUUUCUGCUUUUCAUUACCUGUUGUUUUGGAUUGUAAAGAGUGAAAAUUUGACACUGAGACUAGUAGUAUAGAUUUGUCUGUCUUUCCCAAAGAGGUCUUAAGUGGCACGUCUCUCUUCAUCUGAAUAGGAUUGAGUUCCUGAGAUUCAGAUUUGUUGACAAUCACUGAUCAGUGAUUGAAUUUAAAAUAUUUUCCAGUCUCCUGUGGGAAAGUUAGUUGGAAGUUUGAAAUAGUCUCUGCAGGUUACUUUAAUUGUUAUGGGGCCAGGUAGUGUCAUCUGACAUUCACCUCCUCCUCACAACACAGCAGCCUUUACAAAUAAGCAUUUUCUACCAUUUGCUUAUGUAAAGUUUACAUGAUGUGUCACAGAUAUAAGGGAUGUAUGUGGUCCUUGAAAUAGUUGCAGAAGAGAGGGUAGGAUUUUGAAGUUGUGGUCUUGCCACUGACAGUCAUUCACUUCCUACAGCUCUUUUCCUGUUUGGAAUAAAAAUAUUUAUUGUAAAGAUGUGUGAAGUUAAAAUUGUAAAGAAACAUAGAUAAUAGAUACAUGUAGUUGCAGAUGGUUUUAUAGGAGGAAAACAGGUCAGUUUCUCAUGUAGUAAGAGCUUUAGUCUCCCAAUUGCUUGUGCAGUGAAGUUGUUUACAGAAAUCUGCUUUGAAUUGAUAGGAAGUUUUAAUUUCAGUGGAACUUUGCUUUUAUUCAUCUUACUACUUUUGUCAGGAUAACAGUAUGACAAAAUAACAGUCAUAAAUGUGUAAUACUUUUGCAUCUAUUAAUGGUAGUGUUCUAUCCACAGAAGUGCCUCUUAGAAAACUUAGUAAUAAUUACCAAAAUAAAAUUAUUAUUUCUGUUCAUAAUAGUGCCUGGCUUAAAUUCCUUAAAACAAGCAUUUUUUUCCAAGUUUAAAUUUUCGAAGUCACACCUGGCAUGCCUCAAAAGUUUGUAAUCUUCGUAAAGGCUGUGUUAGAGAACCAACUUGUUAAAAAUCCAUGAGACAUGUUGUUCGUGGAGACAGUAGAAGGAGAAAACAUGACCUCUCCUUGAACAGUCGUGUUAUCUUAUUUGUCUUGAAUAAAUCACUGAACAUUAGAAUAAUAGAGUACAAAAAUAGGCAUUUGUCUUCAUGAUAGCUUCAGGUCAUUAUCUAAAGAGUCAUGUGUGCAUUUAGGGCUGUUUCUAGAGAAGAUCUCUGCAGUAAAAUUAAAUACAUUGCCUCCCACCCAAUCUUGAUAUGUUUCUUACACAUAAGGAUAGGGUUUAGAUUUGGUCUUUUUACACCACUUUUCUAA